UGUCCGGCGGUUUAUCAUGCUAAUGUCGUGGGCAAACAACCGAAACGUUGACACUAAAAUAAUUAUUGUAAAGAGAUCAGCAGCUGCGGGAGAUGGAUUUUUAUAAUAGUGGAAUGGUACGAGGACAGUGCAGUGUCUACGCCGCGUGCCGAUAGCUGGUCUCAGUAAAAAGUAGACCGGCACCGCGUAUCAAUGGUUUUUUAUGUCUAAUACCAACACCAAUUACACAGCACGUGCUAUGUUUUUACUCGUGUAAUAAUUUUUUGUUCGGAUAACAAAACCAGAAAAAAAAAACACAAUUUUUUCAUCUUCCCAUAAUGGCUAAGCCAAAUUGUUAUUUUAUCGCACUUCUUGUUUUUUCCAUAUUUAUAUGUUCAACGUCAGCCGGCACAAAAGCGGUACACGAAUCUCACAAAAAUAUUCGACAGAAACGAAUCAACCCAGAAGAAUAUGUAAACCAACCGGAUGCGGUAACGGCCAGUCAACAUUUUCUACCUUCAUUCGGACCUCUCUUCGGUCACUCUUUUGGACAUCACAGGGCACCCCGAGUUUACCAAGAGGCGGAAUACUUGCCCGAAGUACCGACUUACCAUCUGACAGCUUCAGCUUCCAACCGCGAAAGCUCCAUGCUGGGUUCCGGUAACUUUGGAGUUAUACCCGGUGGCACUUACUAUUCGGGCGGUGCUGGAGAAUCAGCAGCCUUGUCCGAGCAGUACUUGUACGACGGUAACAGUCACGGACGGCCACACAGAUUUUCGGGCAAUCCCAGGCCGUCGCCGUACAGAGAUCCAGAAGAUUUCUUCGCCGGUUUCAGGGACUUUGCAGACAUCACAGCCCCGACCAAAUCGUCGUUCUCCCAAUACCACAUGGUGUAUGCACCGGCCGACGAUUACUACCCGGCAGACGAUAAGACCAAGUCGAAAAAAAAAAGGAAAUUGAACAAAUACCAGGAAAACGAGAAGGACAAGACGAUCAAGGCCAAGAGGAAAAUCCACGCCGGCGAAAAAGAAUUAUACGAACCAAUGGUCGCACUAAGCCGUUAACGACUUCAAACCGUUAAGCUUAAAAAGAAAAUCUAAAAAACAAAAAUCUAUACGUUAUUUUAAUUGUACAAACACGAAAAAAAUGGUAAGAGAAGCGAUAGUUUCCCCGUCCUGUAUAAUUUGACAAGUGGCGAAACAUGAUGACACCUCUGUUUUGAUACUUGGCCGUACCAACUUAACCUAACCGCUAUAAUAAUUAUAGAUAAAUGUAUGUAAUACCCUUUACAUGUACACCGGUUGGACGUACCUGUAUGCAACACUUUUGUGUUAUUGUUAAUACUAAUGUGUAUUUAUUUUUUAUCGUGCCAAACAUUCGUACCUAAAAAGUUGUAAAUGCUUACCAGUUGGACUAUUGCAAUAGUUGGUAAUAAUUGAGGUGCAACGCACAAUUGGAUUGAAAAUGAUCAUUUUGGGUUUUAUGCGUGAAGUACAAGUAUUGCAAUUUGUAGUGACGCCCUUCUUUUAUUUUUACUUUACAUUGUAUACCGUGACAAAUAAGUAAAGCCACUAAAGCGAGAAUAUCAGUAUCUGCUAAUCAUUUUAAUUUGAAAAAAUAUUAGAGUAAUGUAUAGAUGGUUCAUAACAAUAUUUUGAGCAAAUUUUUAUAAAAGUUUCAAAUUUUAAGAUAAACAUCAAUUAAUUUUUUAAUCAUUUAACAAAAUAGAAAUUAUGAAUUGCCAGGACGAAAAAGAUGAGCAGAGUAAAUAUACCAACCAAUUUUGCCGAAGAACCUAAACAAAGCGCUAAAUAAUAAUUGUAUAAACAAAUAAUAACUUAAAUUGACCUACCUAUCUAUAUGAUAUAUAUGUUUUUUAAUUCUAGUACAUUAGAAGGAAUAUGCAUAAAAUAUUUUAAUAACAAGAAAUUUUAAACAAAACCGAAACUUCAGUCAAUUAUAUAUACUCAAAAAAUAAAUAUGUAAAUAUAUCAACUCAUAGUAUAAUUUCCUUGUUUAUUAACAAAUAUUUUGAAAUGCAUAUUUUAUUUUGAAAUCAAAUUCUGAUGUUCUCGCUUAACAUGACCUACACCAAUUACUACCGUCUUGUAUCUGAUCUAAUGAUCAAAUAAUAAUUAUCGGUAUGAUAUGAUAUUCAACUUAAAACGUUUUUACCAUGUAAUUUAAGUUUUAAAUCGUUUGAAAUAAACUAUAUUUUUAUAUAUUUUUUUAAUGAUAUUAUAAUUGGUUGCCUGUUGACUCAUAACGUGAAAACAGUAUAAAAUCUUUUUAGCUUUUUCCUAGUUACUGUGUAUACUUUCUAGGCUUAACUACCUAUAAGACCGUGCACGUAAUUAGAAUAUUACAAAUCUGACUAGUAUAUCCACUGGCCGUCACCAUUCUUCUCCUACCCGUUGUAAUAUGUACCUAAUGCUACUACUAUUUGUAAAAAACACUGUAAAUAUAUAAAUAUAUAUAUAUAUUUUUUUUUUUGGUAAAUAUAUGUGUAUAAUGUUAAGAUGUCUAAUUGAUAUACGUAUUGUUAAUGUAAC